UCUAAUAGGUUGUAGCCGAAUGUAAUGAAGGUGCAAAAAAAAUGCAAAGAAUGGAAGAAAUUAUGCUUUUAAGUCAUCAGUUAGAGUUCAGGGAUUGUAAGGCUAUCCCAUUAAUUUCAUCAUCUCGUUGGCUGGUGAAGAAAGGAGGAGUUACUAGAUUGUUGUUCGAAGAAUCUUCUAAAUACACCUUUGGUCGUGCAGCUCGCUGCUUUAAAACUUCUGUUUACUUGUUCCUAUUUACAGACCUCCUUAUUGUGACAAAGAAGAGAAGCGAGGAAAACUACACCGUAAUAGAUUACUGCCCAAGAAACAUGCUACAAGUUGUGUCCUUAGACCAACCUCUUCCAUCACAACUUCCUUUCCGUUCUGAAAUCUGCAAAAAUUUAUUUCAGUUGAUAAUGUUAAACAAUCAUGAAGGGAAGACAGUGGAAAUGAUCUUCAGUUGCCCAUUAGAUAGUGACAGGACUCGAUGGAUUGAAGCUGUAACUCCUCCAACUUCAGAGAAUCCCAAUGAAAGAAUUUAUGAACAUUGGGACUGCCCCCAAGUACAGUGUAUCGAGAAAUAUGAUGCUCAAGAACCAGAUGAACUGUCAUUGGAAGAAUCGGAUGUUGUAAAUGUGUUUCGUAAGACAGCUGAUGGGUGGUAUGAAGGGGAACUGAUUAGAGAUGGAACAAGAGGGUGGUUCCCAUCAAAGCAUACAUUGGAAGUGAUCAGCUCUCACGUGAAGGCACGAAACUUACGGCAACGUUACCGGUUGCUAGUGCUAACACACACGCUAGUGGAAGAGCAACGAAAAGCUCAACUUGCUCAGCAAAAAAACAAAAAAUCCUGAAACUUGUUGAUGUUUUCAAAGAUCAUGUGGUUGUAACUCAGUUGUUAUUAUACUAAUUUUACAUUUAUUUUGGUAAUGUGAGUACUUUGGUAUCAAUUUCCAUAUCAAUUACUAUUCCCCAACUUAUUUUGUAUAAUGAACUUGUAAAGGGACCAUUUUACAGAAAUAUUUAUAUUAAUUAUUCUGUUCACAAUUGCUCAGUUUUUAUAUAUAUAUAUAACUUUCAUGUGUCAUAAGUUUAUCUACACGUUCAGUUAGUGUGUCACAAAAAAAGAAAAAAUUUAGCUUUUAGUGUUGUAAAACAGUGGCAGAUAACAAACAAGGAUAAAGUUUCCAAGAACCAGAAGCAUAUGGAAAUUAAAAGCAGGUUGGAAAAAUCCAUAUGUAUUUAUUUACCUGCACUUUUUUGUAUAUAACUCAUUAUCAAAUGACCUUCCUAAAUAAGACAAGGUAAUUUAUAACAUGUGCUGAAGCCUGGUACCUUUAAAGUACCAGGUCCAAUUUAGAGUUACUUUGCCUUUCUGUAAACAAUGGUAACUAGCUGGGAAUAUUUAACAUGUGGUACCAGACUUCUGUUGGUUGUACUGGAUAACAUUUUUCAACAAGAAAUGUAUUAAUCUUCUGUUGAAGUUUUGUAUAAAAAAAAAACAGUUGAAUGAAAUAAAGAGUAGGAACAACCAA